CUUUGAAUAUGGUUUAAAGCUGAGAGUUCCACAAAAAUAUUUUGCAGAUAGAGAUUUUCAGCAGUGGGAUGUAUUAUAUUUAUUAUACAUUCCCUAUUUAAAUAUUUCGUUUUUAAUUUGUAGGAAUUUUUUAAAAUAGGCAUAACCUUAUAGAACUGUCAUUUAUUUGUAAAUGUUUUGAAAUUGUCAAAAUAUUUGUAGAAUUUUAAAUUUAGUAGAAAAAAACUGAACUUUUCUUGUGCGACUAACGGAAUCUUUUCGAGUGAUAGAGCAGCCAGCUUGAGUCCUGCAUCUACCAGGAUUUACCGGGACUCGCAGCACUUGACUUUGACAGCUGGUUACGUUGCCUCGACAACCAACGAAAAACAACAAAUUAAACUGGCUAAAGAAAGGCUCCAUCGCCAGCACAAACUACACUUGGACACCCAAAAGAUUCUAGCCAAAAAAUGACAUACUCAGUAUCGCCACACCGGGCGAAUCUAGUGCUCCAAAUGUUGCUCCAGGCCAAUACCUAUGUGUCCGUGGCGUGGGCCAUGAGCUACCUGAUCCACAUGCUCAUCCGGUUGCAUCACCUAUGGAACUGGGAGGGCCUUUCCAUAGUGGUGGCCUACAUUUUGGCUGUGUCCGCUGAAUCCGCACGCUUGUACGCCGGCUACUCGGUGAACCUGUGCUCGGGAGCCACCGCCAUGUGGCUGCUGCUCACGGUAACGCCCUGCAUCCUGCUGCCCUCCAUGGUCUUCCUUCGCCUUUCCUCCGCUGGUCGUGGUUUGUGGCUCCGUAUAAUUACAAACGCCGUUUUUGCACUAAUAGGCUUGGAGAUAAUCGUUUGCCUGUUCCACUUUGUUAUCUACAAGCCAGGCGCAAAGAUGCCAGCGUCCUCCGAAGAGGAAGAACUGCCGGAGGAUCAUCAGUCUGUUGUCGGUUCGCCCACUUCCGCCUCCAGCGAGCAAAGGCGACGAGUGCGACGCUCCCCGGAAUCAAAGUGAUGUGUAGAGUAGGACUCUGAGGUUUACUUGAACAUUGGCAUAAAUAAUAAAGUAGGAUAAGCGAUUUAAGCUAA